AUGGCCCCCUUGAACAUAAACCCUCCCCUCCUCAACUCCGCAAACCCAUGGUGCACAACCCUUGAACAGCUCCAGGAACUCUACGACAGUCCACACACAGGCGCCAUCACAACGCGCACAUCGCUCCUAAAAGGCUUCCCACACGACCCCACCCAUCACCAAUUUACGUUCUUCGACCCAUCUUCACACAACUCCAGCACGCCCAACCAAGACCUCGGCGGCGACACCAGCACAACAGGCAGUCUGAACACACUCGGCUACUCCCCCCUCCCCCUCUCCACCUACCUCAGCUUCGUAACCAAAAUCAGCGACACCCUAGCCGCCGCGUCGACUCCGGGAAGAGAAACUUUCAAACCCAUCAUCGUCUCCGUCACCGGCAGCGUAGAAGAAAUAGCGCAAUGCUACCAACUAAUCUACACAGUCCAACACAGUGUGAAAACGCCACUAGCCGUGGAAAUCAACCUCUCCUGCCCCAACAUCCCCGGAAAAACACCCCCAGCCUACAACGCCGCCGCCCUACGCGAGUACCUCGCCGCGCUCAAGAUGGCCAUUGAUGUUGGACUAACGAAAAGUGGCGGCGAGACACAAAUACCCGUUGGCAUCAAAAUACCGCCGUAUACGUACCAAGAGCAAUUCGACGCCUUGAUAAGCGUAUUGGAAGAGAGUGCGGAGAACAAGAUGAAACCAGUCUACCUCCCCUGCCCUAUUUCUUUCAUCACCGCCGUGAACACACUCGGUUCGUCUCUGGUCUUGUCUCCACAGGACGUGCGUGGUGAAAGCAAGAUCAGCCCUGCGCUCAAUUCAGCGAAUGGGUCUGGGAUUGGGGGGCUGGCGGGCGCGCCGUUGCAUCCCCUUGCGCUGGGUAAUGUGCGCAUAUUGAGGGAGAUGCUGGAUAAGAGGGAGGCGUUGAAGCGGAUUAUGGUUGUUGGGACGGGAGGUGUGGAGGAUAAGAGUGGGUUUGAGAGGAUGAGGCAUGUGGGUGCGGGGGCGGUGGGCGUGGGGACUGCGUUGGGACGGAAGGGGGUGAAGGUUUUUGGGGAGAUUAUGGAGGGAUGA